GCCAAUGGGCGGAGCCGGCCUCGAGUCCCCGCCCCGCUGCCCGCUGACGUCACGGGGCCGCCGGGGCGCGCGGCGCCGCCGCCAUGGUGUCCGCCCACAAAGGUCGCCCGGCCACUGGCGCCCGCGGAACCUUCCUCGCCCGGGUCCCGUCGCUGUAGCGGCCGCCGCCCCACCAUGGCCUUCGUCACCAGGCAGUUCGUGCGCUCCGUGUCCUCCUCGUCUGCCGCCUCGGCCGCAGCCAAGAAAAUCAUCGUCAAGCACGUCACGGUGAUCGGCGGCGGGCUGAUGGGCGCGGGCAUCGCGCAGGUUGCUGCAGCAACUGGCCACACGGUAGUGUUGGUAGACCAAACAGAGGACAUCCUGGCAAAAUCCAGACAGGGAAUUGAGGACAGCCUUAGGAAAGUGGCAAAGAAGAAGUUUGCAGAAAACCCUAAGGCUGGUGACGAGUUUGUGGAGAAGACCCUGAGCAGCAUAUCAACCAGCACGGACGCGGCAGCCGUGGUGCACAGCACGGACCUGGUGGUGGAGGCCAUCGUAGAGAAUCUGGCGGUGAAGAACGAGCUCUUCAAAAGGCUGGACAAGUUUGCCGCUGAACAUACGAUCUUUGCCAGCAAUACCUCCUCCUUGCAGAUCACAAGCAUAGCCAACGCCACCACCAGACAAGACCGGUUUGCUGGCCUCCAUUUCUUCAACCCAGUGCCUCUGAUGAAGCUUGUGGAGGUCAUUAAAACACCAAUGACCAGCCAGAAGACGUUCGAAUCUCUGGUCGACUUCAGCAAAGCCCUGGGAAAGCAUCCUGUUUCUUGCAAGGACACUCCUGGGUUCAUUGUGAACCGGCUCCUGGUGCCGUAUCUCAUGGAGGCGGUCAGGCUGCACGAGCGAGGUGACGCGUCCAAGGAGGACAUUGACACUGCGAUGAAGCUGGGAGCCGGGUACCCUAUGGGCCCCUUUGAGCUUCUAGAUUAUGUUGGGCUGGACACUACGAAGUUCAUCAUGGAUGGGUGGCACGAAUUAGACGUGAAGGACCCCAUGUUUCAGCCCAGCCCAGCCUUGAAUAAGCUGGUAGCAGAGAAGAAGCUCGGCAGGAAGACUGGAGAAGGCUUUUACAAAUACAAAUGACGGGCAGCUUGUCUGGCUCUGAGAAGAACCGGUGAGCAGUGAGCGCUGGCCAGCCACGCUGGACGCCCUCCGGGCACGCUCCUCCCUCGCGCGGCCUGCGCGCUGCGCGUUCUGAUCAUGAUCUCCAGUGAUUACUUUCAUUAGUUACAGUGCCUGAUUCCUCCAUCGAGCACGGAUUCCCUUUUUUAGUCUGACCAUUUCUAUGUAUUUUCUAAACAGCUUUACACCCUUGGUGCCUUAGAGCAAAAGUUUCUUUUAACCAUGCCGUUUUUGUAAAGCGUUGCCUGAAUUCGUUCCCUCUGAGAGCGAGGGGCGCGGUGUCCACGGCGCCGCGCAGGGUGUCACGAGCGGGCGGCGCGUGCGUGGCGCGUCUGGGAAGCGCCGUAGCAGGCGGCACCCGAAUCUUGCCUUCAUGAGAACGUUGUGCAGCCCGCAGCUUUGAGCCUUCCCUGCGUUCUGGACACAACAUGAGUUGCUGUCUUUUUUCAGCUCAUCAUUAAGACACCGCUGCUGGGUUGCUGGGACUCUGUGUGCUUGGUUUGCUGGAAGACAUCUGUCUUCGUGGGCAUUCAGAUCCACAAAUCUUACUGAUUACUGUCUCCCUUUUUCCCCAUGAGAAAUCAGUGUUGAAAACAGCCUAUUAAUUGACUCUAAUAAAAUAUAAUCUUUUAGUCUGAAAAUUUGAAUUGAAAUAAACAUGUAUAACUUAAAAUUGUAA